AACACACGUGUUAGGAUUCCAGACAGAAAACGGAGAACAACUGGGUCCAAGAACUGACCGCCAGUACCCCCGAGCCCCUGUGACCAGGCUGGACCAGGACACGCCAGCCCUUGGGUGCCACAGCUGGCCAGGGAGGGGAUGUCUUUGCUAUGCCCUCUCCAGAGCCGCCUCCUUCAGCCAGCCCCACCCGGCCGUGUGUAAAGGGGCUGCGGGGACACCGAGAACGCAUCAAGCUCCGCAGAAGGUACCGUCCAACGGCACCAGUGCGUGGACAUCGUGCCCGAGAGCCAGAGACCCGUCCGUUGGAACAAUGAUUUAAAGUCAUUCAAAGAUGAAGCAGCGAGGAGAUCAAGUUUCAAAGGCCUUUGAACGGGGUGACGGCGCGAGCGCCCGAGGCCAGAGUGACGAAAAGGGAGCGAUGCUGAACUCAGGUAGAAGCGGGGGACCUUCCUAGUGCUGGCCGAGCCACGGAGGUGAGGUCUUACCUCAGCCACUGGUCCAGCCAGACCCUCAGUCUCUGCCCAGCUCCCAGGCAUCUCUGCUCAGAAGAGGGAUUGUUUCUCAGCUCACCCUGGACCAUGUCAUUCGGUGCACCAGGAGGAAUCUGAGACUGUGUCCAGAGUCCAGUGUAUAGCCGUUGGCUGCCACUGUCCAGCCGAAGGAUAGCCCAGAGCCCGGGUGCAGAGCGCAGACACCGUGAGGAUGAGCAUGGGGGAGACCACCUCAGCUCCCCUCACCCCAACCCCGGACUCGGAUGUGAUCACAUCCACUUUCUCCCUCGUGGACUAUGUGGUGUUCAGCCUGCUGCUGGUCUUCUCCCUUGCCAUUGGCCUCUACCAUGCUUGUCGUGGCUGGGGCAAGCAUACUGUUGGCCAGCUGCUGCUGGCGGACCGCAGAAUGGGCUGCCUCCCGGUGGCUCUGUCCCUGCUGGCCACCUUCCAGUCGGCCGUGGCCAUCCUGGGUGUGCCAUCGGAGAUCUACCGCUUUGGGACGCAGUAUUGGUUCCUGGGUUGCUGCUACUUCCUGGGGCUGCUGAUCCCUGCACAUGUCUUCAUCCCCGUCUUCUACCGCCUGCAUCUCACCAGUGCCUAUGAGUACCUGGAGCUGCGGUUCAAUAAGGUGGUGCGGAUUUGUGGAACUGUGACCUUCAUCUUCCAGAUGGUGAUCUACAUGGGGGUUGUGCUCUAUGCACCAUCCUUGGCCCUCAAUGCAGUGACUGGCUUUGAUCUGUGGCUGUCAGUGCUGACCCUGGGCAUUGUCUGUACAAUCUACACUGCUCUGGGUGGGCUGAAGGCCGUCAUCUGGACAGAUGUGUUCCAGACACUGGUCAUGUUCCUAGGGCAGCUGGCGGUUAUCAUCGUGGGGUCAGCCAAAGUGGGCGGCUUGGGGCGUGUGUGGGAUGUGGCCUCCCAGCAUGGCCUCAUCUCUGGGAUCGAGCUGGAUCCUGAUCCCUUUGUGCGGCACACCUUCUGGACCUUGGCCUUCGGGGGCGUCUUCAUGAUGCUCUCCUUGUAUGGGGUGAACCAGGCCCAGGUGCAGCGCUACCUCAGUUCCCGCACAGAGAAAGCGGCUGUGCUCUCCUGCUAUGCGGUGUUCCCCUGUCAGCAGGUGGCCCUCAGCAUGGGCUGCCUCAUUGGCCUGGUCAUGUUCGCCUAUUACCAGGAGUAUCCCAUGAGCACCCAGCAGUCUCAAGCAGCCUCUGACCAGUUCGUGCUCUACUUUGUGAUGGACCUGCUGAAGGGCCUGCCGGGCCUGCCGGGCCUCUUUGUUGCCUGCCUCUUCAGUGGCUCCCUCAGCACCAUAUCCUCUGCUUUCAAUUCGUUGGCAACUGUUACAAUGGAGGACCUGAUUCGACCCUGGUUCCCUGAGUGCUCCGAAACCCAGGCCAUCAUGCUUUCCAGAAUCCUCGCCUUUGGCUAUGGGCUGCUUUGCCUGGGCAUGGCCUAUAUUUCCUCCCAGAUGGGACCUGUGCUACAGGCUGCACUCAGCAUCUUUGGCAUGGUCGGGGGUCCGCUGCUUGGACUCUUCUGUCUCGGGAUGUUCUUUCCUUGUGCCAACCCUCCUGGUGCCAUCGUGGGCCUGUUGGCAGGACUCAUCAUGGCCUUCUGGAUCGGCAUUGGGAGCAUAGUGAACAGCAUGGGCUCUGGCUUGGCACCUUCUCCUCCUAAUGGGUCCAGCUUCUCCCUACCCAGCAAUCUGACCAUCGCCACUGUGACCACCUUAAUGCCCUCGACCUCCCUCACCAGGCCCACAGGGCUGCAGCGGCUCUAUUCCCUGUCCUAUCUGUGGUACAGCGCUCAUAACUCCACCACCGUCAUUGUGGUGGGCCUGAUUGUCAGUCUGCUCACUGGAGGAAUGCGGGGUCGGCCCCCGAACCCACGGACCAUCUACCCAGUGCUGCCCAAACUGCUGGCCCUCCUGCCCUUGUCCUGGCAGAAGCGGCUGCACUGCACAAGCCACUGCCAGGACCUCCCUGUGGACACCGAGCUGUUUCCAGAGAAGAUGAGGAAUGGGGCACUGAGGACCAGUGGCGACAAGGAGGCCAUGACUGAGGCCAGCCCAGUGCAUCAGGGAACCAGCCCCACCUUCAUCCUCCACGAGACCUCCUUGUGAUGUGGACUCAGGACCCAGCCUCUGUCCUCGCUGCUAGAGCACAGCCCAAAGCCACCCUGCAGUUCGGAGAGAAGCCACUGGGUGUGUCCGCAAGAUGGGCCUGGAGCACGGAGCCCACCCACAGCACCCUGUGUCCGAGGUCCCACCUGCUGUAGAAGCUCUCGCAUCUUGGGCAGGGCGGUGGGGCAGAGACUCUGCGGUUCCUUGUCAGUCUGUUCUCUUGGGGAUCAGAAUUUCAGGGGAGCAAAAUUGUGCCAGAAGUAGGGUAGAAGCAAAUCCUCCGGGGAAGGGAAUGGCUUGUGAUCCCACAUAGCCUGGGCCCUUAGAGGUGAGGAGAGGCAGCAGUUCCGUUACAGCUGCCCUGGGGCCCAGUUGGACCAGGUGAACCAUCCCCACCAGAAAGCUGGAAGCCACAGAGGGCCUCGUGGUUGCAUUGAGGUUGUCCGUGACACCCAUGCCUCUCCUUACCGGUCGCCCUUUCAUGAGAGGGACCUCGUGGUGUUCUGGGCUACUUGGAAUGGGUAGCUGUGCUCAUCUCCUUGGUGGGGAGGCAGAUUUUCCAUCUGCCUGUCCCCACCCUCCACCUCUGAGCUGGGCACGUAGGGGUCAAGUGGAUGUGGCUUCAGAAAACCAGGGCCGCGACCGAGUCCACUGUGAGGUGUGCCGUCCUCUGCUCCAGGCCACUUGGUGCCACUCUGUCAUCUGUGCUCCUGUUUUCUUUGGGAGCUGCUGCUUCCACAUUACCUUUGUUCCUGGGGAAUAAACUGCUGUUGAACCUGGAAUGUGGGCUCCUGUACUGUCUGCAGCUACUUCUGUCCACCUGGCCCUUCCCCUGGAGAGGAUCAGGAGCUGCCUCCUGUACACGGGUGACCUGGAGAAAGAGAGGACUUGGGAGCUGGUGCCAUGGCUUCACAGCUCCGUGGCUGCCUUGGGAGUAGGGGGCAGCAUUGUGUUCAUUUUUGGGGAGGCUGUGACCUGUCCUGUUGGACUGCACUGACCUUCACCAGACGAGACCUUUCUGCUCUGAGAGCUCACUUUGGGGUCUAAGAGAUGGGCUACUGCUUGUUCUUUUUGUUAUAUAUAAAAACUAUUUGUUUAAACUUUAUCUAAAAGGCAGGAGGUAGAGAUCUUCCAUCUACUUGUCUGUCUCCCAAUUCCUGCAACAGUUGGGGCUGGCAGACUAAAAGCAGGAACUCAUAACUCAAUCUGGUCUUCCAGCAUGUGUGGUAAAGGCCCAAGUACUUCAGCCAUCACCUGCCGCCUUCUAGGGUACGCAUUAGUGGGAAGCUGGAAUCAAAAGUAAGUUGGCAUUUAAACCAAGGCACUCUGAUAUGGGAUGUGGGCAUCCCAAAUGGCAUCAACCCCUGGGCCAAAUGCCUGCCCCUGUUUUGUUCAUAAAAAUAGAACAUUCUGGGGCCAGUGUUGUGGCACAGCAGAUUGAGGUGCUACCUGCAACACUUGGAUCCCAUAUGGGCACCAGUUCAAGUCCUGACUAUUUCAACUCUGAUUCAGCUCCCUGCUAAUGCACCUGGGAAAGCAGCAGAAGAUGGCCCAAGUGGUUGGACCCCUGCUAUCUACAUGGGAAACCUGAAUGGAGCUCCAGACCAUGGCUUUGGCCUGGCCAUUGUGGCCAUUUGGGUGGUGAACUAGUGGGUGAAAGAUCUUUUAUCUCUCAGUAACUCU